AUGGUGCACGACAACAACAAGUUAAAUGUUGUGCAAAAGCUUCAAUAUCUUCGUGCGUCGGUCAACGGCGAGGCAGAACAAUUGAUACGCCACCUCACUCUAACAGAAAAUAAUUAUGCGGCAGCAGGGAAGUUAUUGAAGGAACGAUACGAUAACAAGAGGGCCAUCGGGAAUGCCUACAUGAAGGACAUAUGGAGUUUACCGACCAGCACUCCAGCUAGUGCGAUAUGUAUCAAGCGCAUAUUGGACACAACCGAGCAAUUCCGUGCCAAUACUGAAUCAUUGGGAGUAGAUUUAGUCGACUUAAUCAUGGUUUACAUCCUACAACAAAAACUGGACACUGAAAGUAAUUCUGAAUGGCAGAAAUUUAUUGGUUUUUCGAACGAGAUACAAACUUUGGAACAAUUCACGACCUUCUUGCAUCAACGGUUCACAAUACUGGAAGCAGUGCAGAUUACCCAACGCAAGACGGCGAAAGUAGGAGCACACUCAGCACAAGCAACGGAAGCCGUCUGCCGAGUAUGCCAGGGCGAUCAUCGAAUUUCCCAAUGCGACACAUUUCUUAACUCAGACAUAGCCAAACGACGAGAGUUGGUAGCAUCUUUGCGGCUGUGCUACAAUUUCUCGCACGAGGCUCAUGCAGCCAGGAACUGCCCAUCACGCAAAAGGUGCAAAAUGUGUGGAAAAAAGCAUAACUCAAUGUUACACCAAGCAUCGUCGAAUAGAGCUGCAUCUUCAACUUUGCCGAAUCCACAACAACAAGUGUCAUCACUGAAUGCUUUCAACAGUGGCGUCGACAUUAAGGCUGUUCUAUUGGCUAGGAUUCUAGUAAAGGACAGCCAAGCCACAUUCAUCCUUUUGCGUGCAUUGGUCGAUCAAGGGUCCCAGCGUUCGUUCAUCAGUGAUGUUGCAGCGCAACUCUUACGGCUACCACGUCGAGCGACAAAUCUGACAAUCAGCGACAUCGGGAGUCAUUCAACGAGCAGCAAGAGAGCGAUAUCUGCUCAAUGCAAAGGGAAAUGGUCGCCAAGAUGUUUCAACUUAUCUCUUGUCGUAGUAAAACAUAUAACGGACAAGAUUCCCCAGUCCAAGACACCAUGUAAGAUAGCUGAGUUGAGACAGGAGGAUUUAGCUGACUCAUCGUAUCACAUUCCGGGAAAGAUGGACGUCCUCCUGGGUGCUGACGUUUAUGGCGAUCUAUUGGAAAAUGGCGUAAUCCGGAUAAAGCAUACCAAAGUUUUGGCUCAAAAAAUCAAAAUCGGUUGGAUCUUGUCCGGGCCUGUCAACCAAGUAACACGAGAAGCAGAACCUUCCAUCAGUAUGGUUAGCAUCGAACAGCUAGAUGCUGACAUACGAAAAUUAUGA